ACUAGCGCUCAGACUUUGUAAGCGAUCUUGGCAGGGUAGGAAAAUAUCAAGGAGUCGCUUCAGAGAUCUAUAAUUGGUUUCCACAAGAUCAUGGUAUGAGUCACUACUUGUAUUGAAGAAAGAUGUCGAGUAUUACAUAAGAUCGUUAAUUGAUGUUCUCUAGAAAAAUGGCUGAAAAACAAGCACUGGACCUGCGAUUUGGAUGGGGAAGGUUCCGACCCUCAUGGCUUCAGUUUAUGAACCAUAUCAAUGGUUUUAUGGUGUUCUUGACUAUCUACUCUAUGACCCAAGGAAUGAUUGUCAAUGGGUUUACUUCAGUCAAUUUACCCGCGUUGGAAAAGCGUUUCGAAUUCACCGGCAAAGAACUGGGACUCAUCGCAUCGUCCAAUGAAGUUUCUCAGAUCAUCCUAGUCGGUUUUAUAAGCUAUUACGGUAGUUAUGGAAACAAGGUUAAAUGGAUUGGAUACGGUUGUCUGCUUGCAGGCAUUAGCUGUAUUCUAUUCGACUUACCGCAUCUUCUAGUUGGUCCUUACGUAAUAUCCAAAGGCCCCAGUAACUUUGGAUCUCUCAUCAAAGAUGUCUGCAAAAUCCACGAAAACGCCAACUCCACCAUCGAUCCAUCUUGUUCCUCCGUCCAAGAGAAUAACUGGUACUAUCUGAUGAUAUUCUCAGUGUCUCAAAUCCUUAUAGGCGCCGGAACAUCUUCUCUGUAUUCCCUUGGACCAGCGUUUGUGGACGAGAAUGUUCACCCAAAGUCAGCGCCGGUUUAUCUUAGUGUAUGGUUUGCCGCAACCAUGCUUGGUCCAGGGAUAGGGUAUAUGGCUGGAGGUGCACUGUUGGGUAUCUUUGUUGAUGGAACUCCGCCUGCGGGUUUAAAUUUACAUCCACGUGACCCCCGAUGGAUAGGGGCUUGGUGGAUCGGCUUUCUGAUUGGUGGAUCCAUCCUCAUCAUCUGCUCCAUUGGCAUAUUGGGAUACCCAAGGGAGUUACCAGGCUCCAAAGAAAUGCGCAAAAAGGCAAUAGCAGAUGGCGAUCUUCCUAAAAACGACGAGAAAAUCCGAGGCAAAGUCAACGAGAUCAUACCAGCUUCUUUGAAGCUUUUCAAGAAUCCAACUUACAUGUUUAACACUCUUGGACUGUGUGUGGCGGGGCUUAUAGGAGGAGGGAUGUCUGGCUUCUUUACUAAGAUCUUGCUCACCAAGUUCUCGAUGCACCCUAUGUAUGCUGGCCUGAUAAUAUCUGCAGCUUUCAUCCCUGGAACUGUUGGUGGAGUGUUAGCUGGCGGAUUCCUGUGUCGACGUUUCAAGCUGAAGAAAUCCUGCAAGCUCUCUGCCAAAUAUUCUGUCAUUCUAGAACUGAUUUCGACCAUUUUAUUGGUCUAUUUGUUUAUUCCCGGAUGUCAGACAAAUGAGAUGGUUGGAGUCACACAACCCUAUAAUACAAGUGUUUCUUCUGAGAUUUCCCUGAUGAAUACUUGCAACAAAGACUGCUCAUGCUCUAUAGCCAAAAUGAAUCCUGUGUGUGGUGGUGAGGGGAAGACAUUCUUCUCGCCUUGUCAUGCAGGAUGCAAGAACCCAAUAGGAAAGACGGGCUAUGGAAACUGUUCCUGUAUCCCAUCAUCCAUAGCAGGCAGUGGUCGCACGGUCACCAAGGGAUUUUGUAACCACUCCUCCAGCUGUGUUUACUUGGUCCCCUUCAUGCUCUUGUUGGGUUUUCAUUUGUUCUUUGUGUUCUUGAGUGGUGUUCCAACUAAGAUGGUACUUCUGAGAUGUGUGCCUGAGAACCAACGUGGCUAUGCUCUUGGACUGCAGUUCGUCUUCGUACGUCUUCUUGGCUUCCUUCCAGGCCCUCUCUUCUACGGUGCAUUGUUUGAUGAGUCCUGCGCAGUCUGGGGAAAGAAAUGCAAAAGGAAGGGAAGCUGCCAAUAUUAUUUCGUCGACAAACUUUUCAACUGGUUGGGCGGAUCGUCUUUGGUAAUCGGAGGGAUUGCGUUUGUGUUUUUCUACUUGUCCUACUGGUUCUGCAAGCCUUGUCUCGAUGAUCCAAACGACAACGAAAAGAAUGGUGCAAGCUCCUCACACGUUAAUACAACGGACGCAUGCGCAGUACCCAUGAAGAGCCUUGAAGAAACUGAGUAUAGCACUAAAGUUUAGGACAUUUAGGAAGACUGCCCGAGUUAUUAUCGAUUACAAGUGUACGAGCUAUACUAUAAAGAGGCGUAUCUAGGACUUUGAGUAGGGCGUCAAAAAUUCAAGAAGAUGCACCUCUUGCUUUACUAACCAACUAAUUCCAAA